GUAGAAAAUAAAGAAAUAAAGAUACAUUAUGUUCCAACCGAAGAAAUGACUGCGGACAUUCUGACGAAAUCAUUACCUCGAGUGAAAGUGGAAAAACACAGAACAGUACUCUUAGGGAAUUAAGAACAUCAACAACACGUCAGACUCAUCAUAGUUAAGGACGAGCUGAGUCUGAGUGGGGGUGUUGAGAUAAGUACUUUAAGUGUUUAAAGUUUAAACUAUAUUUAUAUAGUUGAUAUUAUUUAGCAUAAAUGAACAUAACGUACCGUAAUACAGUUAAUAUAUACAGUACAUCGGACACGUGACUAUACGUUCGUUGAACGUUAUUUAGAUCCGCCAUUAUCGGUGUAGUUGUUGUUUUCAAGCGGGAAAACUAUAUUUUGUGAACCUUUUAGUUUCUUUUACAACAAUAAAUUACAUAAUCUAACAAAAACAAAGAAGUACCAGACCGUAAUGUUGGCCUACUUCCGGUACGUAAGUACGCGAAUUAUUCCACUCUGUCAUCCUUAUCCCUGUCCUCAUCUUUAUUGUUAUUGUUGUUAUAAUUAUUAGUACCAUAACUUUGCUUGGUUGUAGGCCACUAUCAAAAUUUUUAUUUUUUGCUUUUUUCCCUUCUAUAACAAAGAAGCCAACAAAGUUCGAAGACUGGAAAAGCGUGGUAAAUCUGUCGAUAUGAUUGCUUUGAAAAACAAAGAUGACGAUGAACCAACCUACACAGGUACAGGUUGGCUUGUUGCCAAGGAAGAAAGUGAAUCUUAUAUAAUGAGUAACUAUCAUGUGAUUUCCGCGAUCAUGCAACGCAGACGUCAAACUCAACGCGAAAUCAAAGUCUUAUACCCCUGUCUAUAAUUAUUUCGCCAGAAAUGAAUUAAGUGCAUGCGCAGUAAAGAUAAAUUAGCCUUUGUGAGAAAAAUUUCGCUUCACCAGUGAGUAUAAGUCAGUUCUAGCCACUGCGAAAGCGGAAAAAGUGGGACAAUUCAAUGGAAUAAUCGCUCAUGUGCAACCAUCCGUAUUUCACAGACGCAAUUUCUCGCGAAGAAUUUCGCUGUCGUGGAGUCAGGCCUUAACAAACUUAAGUUGUCAUUUGUUUCGCUUCUGGUUAUUUCGGCUCUUGCAAUAGUCAACUACACGUGCCAUCAUUUGAAACGAAACAUUUGAAAAUCUUGAAGUUUUCUUAAAUGUGUCGCGCUGUUGUCCAACUUUGGAAACAGUUCUCACGAAGCAAACAUGUUUUCCAAUAAAUUCAGAAACAUAUUUUGUUAUUCCAUGUGAUUAUUUUAGCGGAAACAAUGGUUUCUUGUUUGUCCACUUUCGAGAAGAAAGCUUUAGCAGACAUUGUUUCCUGGUUUGCUCAGCUUCGGAAAGAUGGCUAGGAAACAACGCUUCCUGGUUUACCCACCUUCGGCAUAUAUGGCUAAGAAACAAUGUUUUAUGGUUUGCCCACCUUCUGGAAACAUGGCGCUUGGAAACAAUAUUACCUUGUUUACCAACCUUUUAAAAUAAAAUCUUUUUAUUAUAGUCCCCAUUCGUUCACAAAUACCAACACAGAAAAGCUGCAAGAAGCCAAUCAAAAUGUGUAGUUUUUGUACUUCAAAAGAUGAGACACCGCUUUCAAGUAACCGGGACAAAUGGCCCAUUUGUAAAAUCGAAAAUGAUUGUUUUGGCGAAAUUUGCAAACUACUCGACUUAGCUGAUCGUAGCAAGAAACCACUUAUGAGCGCUUUAGGUAGCUUCGACCAAACAACGGCUGCAUAUAUUGAAAAGAAAUAUGAAAGAGAGGGAGGAGUGGGGACUGCCAAAAAAGUACUCUGUCAGUGGGGAUCAUCAAAUCAUAAAAAUAAUGUGGGGGCUCUUAAGAAGAUACUUGAAGAUACCAUGCAAAGGAUUGAUGUCGUUGACGAGAUUGAAAAAUGGAAGAAGUUGUCUGUUUGUCAUGGAUGCGGUAUUAAAUUGAACAAACGACAGUGAUCUCAAUAACACUACUGAAUGGAAAUCAUAUUUCUAUAAAAUUUAAUAUUAAGUACACAAAUUUAAUAACAUUUUGACUAUAUAUUUUUGCAGAUAUAACGGCCAAAUAAAAGCUCAUGUGCUUGUACAGACAGAUAUAUAACAUGAUAAUUUAGGAUAUUAAUUGGUAUUUUAGUAAGUUAAUUUUGUAAUUUUUUCAUGUGUAAUAUGAUCUAUUUAAAAUGGUUAUAAUCCAUUUAAUUUGUAAAAAUCAUUUAGUUUUGCCUAAAAUAACUUUAUGACUUCUAUAUGAUUAACAGCUAUUGCACCUAAUUAUAAAAUUAGUUUAC